AUCUGAUAUUCCCAGCUCGUGUUCUUCAUGACCCAAUUGUGAUUUCGCCACGGAGGAGGUCAGACGAUGCUCUCUCGCGUGAGUCGUCGCGUCCUCGCCCGCGCGGUGCGCCCCGCGCUUGUGACCAGCGUCGACGUCGAUCCAAUCGAGGGUACGCUGGCGACGCCGCUCCGCCUCUUUGCCUUCCGGCAUAACGCCAUCGUGCAAAAGCCGCCAGAACUGCACGCCGACGGCCCACUCGAGCGCCUCCAAGCGCUUCGCAUCCAGCUCCACCGCGCCUUUUGCGACGAACAGCUCCAAGACACGAUCGCGCACGCGUCCGACCUCUCGAGCGAUGGCCUAGUCGCUCUUUUGGAGCCCGAGGUGGCGUUGCCGGCCGGCGAAGUCCGGCAGGCGUACGAGUUUGACCGGAGCGCCGGCAUCCCAAACUCGAGCUUUGCGCAGUUGGGCCAGCACCUGUACACUGCAACCAACGAGGCGGCGCUUCGCAGCGAGUGGCAGCACGACGCGCGCGCCUUCCACGCCGUCGCCAUCACGUGUGCGUGUUAGGAGGUGUGUAUAAUGUACUUCAAUAGUGACGCUAUGAUCAAACGCA